CCCGACCUGCCCUACGCAAAGCAACGCUUCAAGCACCUUUCCUUUCGCACCAAACCAUACACAACAGCCAUUAGCCAUUGUGCAUUAUCCAGCAAUCACGAUGGGUAUCUGGGAAACUUUCUCCGAAAUUGUGGACGCCGUUGCGCCCUGGAGCGUUGUAGAGGCCGAAGCCCCUGCCGAGGAAACUCAGCCCGCCGUCGAGGCCGAGACCAAGGAGGAAGAGCCCGUUGAGGAGGCUGCCGAGGAGACCGAGGAGGCUGAAGAGGCCGCUGAGGAGGAAGAGGAAGAGGAGGAAGAGGAGGACGAGGACGAGAUUGUCGACCCCAAGGACGUCAUUGAGGAAGAGUGCAAGAACUCCGCCCAGUGCGCCCCCGCCAAGCACCACUUCGAUCACUGCGUCGAGCGCGUCCAGGAGCAGGAGAGCCAGGGUGAAGUCAAGGAGGACUGUGUCGAGGAGUUCUUCCACCUCGCCCACUGCGCUACCGCCUGCGCCGCCCCCAAGCUCUGGGCCAAGUUGAAAUAAACACCAUAUUCCCCCCCUUUUUACCAACGAAAAAAAGCCUACGAAAUCCACGAUAAGAAGGAGUAUGGCAGAUCUGGGCUCGAUGUUGGUGUAUUCGGCAAGUGGAUAUACUGGGCGAUGCUUCACUUCGAGAACCGCAGCUGUAGGAGCAUGAGGAGAGCCGGGAACAAAAAGAGAGGGUUUGAUGGGUGGAUUGUGUAACAAGUCUCUUGUACGCCCUCUUGCAUAGAAGGGCGCGUGGAGGGUCCCGUUUUGAGUGGCUGCCAUUUGCAUACAGCCUCUGCUGGACGAGGGCCCUCGGGUGUAGCUCAUUUUCCCUUUGUACCAUACGCGUCAGCGCCUUUUACAAUAGAAGUCAUCAUUUUUGUUCAUU